AUGAGCCUCCCUUCUCCCCAGAAGAACGCCGCCAGUAGUGUUCCUCCCCCAAGACAAAUCCGUUUCGUCUCGACCGAUGGUCAACCCCAGACUAAACGGCGACGAGUGAACGCGGCAUGUCGGACAUGUCGCAAGCGCAAAAUACGAUGCUCAGGUGAACAACCAGUGUGCAAAACCUGCUCUGACUACAACCACAUCUGCCUGGGAUAUAGCGAGCCUCCCUCUCAUCUCCGAUCACAAUCCGAUGCCGCUUCCCGUAAUGCAAACCUCCCCUCCAUCUCUGGUCCAAGUGAAGUUCCCAACUCGCGCGCACCGAUCAAAGUGGAGAGUCGCUCCCCAGACUCUCCUCAGCCCACCACGGUGCCAUGCGGUGACAGCCUUGAUAAGCCCUCCGAAGUCUCGCGGCCAUCGGAUGCGAAAGAUGCCUCUUUGACAAGGGAUACAUCGUCGCGAACCACGAAAGAGUCCGAACAACAGGCCGCCGGUGAGAGUCCAGAAAGUAGUCGGACGUCUCUUAGCUCCGGUGUUCGUACCCAUGUUCCAUAUUUCAGAUAUUUUGGACCGACAGCCAUUGUUCCUGGCUUUAAACAAAUGGUUGUCCAGGUCCGUGGCUCACGCAAGAGUAACCCAUCCAUUUCAUCCGAGUCGCUAUCACCUCUCCGAAGCCCAAAAUUCGAUGUCUCAUUAAACCCUUUAAAUUCCGCAACUGAAAGCCGUGAUGCAAACACCAUUCCGUUUUAUGAUCGAGAUGACUCUUUACCAGUAAGCAACCUCGUGACUCACCUUUGCGACCUCUUCUUUACACAUCUGGGAUGCAAUUUCCCCUUCCUCCAACGAGAGAGGUUUCUUCGCGAUUUGAAGGACAAAAAAGUCGAUACCAUGCUUGUCGAUGCAGUCUGUGCUCUAUCGGCCAGAUUUUCUCCUCAUCCGUUAUUGAGCCCCGCCCAGGCUCCCCCGAUUGAUGGCUCAGCACCCCCACCCGACAUAAGGAAGUCUGAUCGUGGCCAUUCGUUUGCCCACAGAGCGAUGGGUGCCCUCGUCGACUCUCUCUCAUGUCCAACAUUAUCCGUUGUUCAAGCAUGUCUGUUGUUGGCUUAUGAGGAGUUUGGCUCCAACCAUGAUAGUGGCCUGUGGAUGUACCUGGGCAUCUCCAUCCGAAUGGCCCAGGAUCUUGGGAUGCAGAAGGUCCAAGGGCUAAAAUAUAGCUAUGGGCAAAGUGGCGUAACGCCAAACGCAGUUAUGUCCGGGCAAGCUGGAAAGCUGAGGGAGGAGCAAUAUGAUGAUCCUCAGGUCUCUCAAAGCCCGGCCAAGGAGGCACAGAGCGUUGAUCAUCAACGUGCUUGGGAAAGGGAAAGAGUGGACACCUUUUGGAGCAUUUUCUUUCUCGACAGAGUGAUAUCAUCAGGCACCGGGAGGCCAGUAACUUUGCGUGAUGAAGACAUAGAGCUGUGUUUUCCUCUUCAGUCAGAAUCUCUGCUUCCCAACGGUUGGCCUGCACCAUUUCCGCCGCUUAUUCGCAUAAUACACCUGUAUGGAAGGGUGACGGAUUUGAUAAAUGGAAUCCAAGACGUAAAUCACGUCACAACGGAGACUCUGAAAAGACUAGCUGGAAUGGAGAGUGACCUGACAGGUAUCUACCAGCGCUUGUCCCCUAGGCUUCAUUUUAACGCGGCCAACUUUCAAGCGUAUGUGAAGGCAAAGGAAGGAACCAAUUUUAUUCUCCUCCAUUUUUGGUUCCAUACUUUAAUAGUCCUCCUCCAUCAACCCACUCUCCUGAAUUCCUUUGGCGGGACCAUACAGCAUCUUUAUCCGAACAGUCGAGAGCUGUCGAUGUCGUCUGCUAAGACUAUUGCAGAUAUUCUGUCAUUCUCCGAGUUGGUGGAUGGGAAAAGCUUUAUUGGAAACCCCUUCACCAGUCAGCCAAUGUACAUUGCUGCGUGUGCAUUUCUUAUGGAGAGUGCAUAUUACACGUCACCCUCGUCAAGGUCCGGUUCUCCCCCCAGUCAACCCUUACUGGCCAAUCAAACCAGUGGCUUUGUUAUGCCCAAUUUGGACCCCUCUGGUGGAACAGACCGAAAACCGACUGCAAAGCAUAUUCUUCUGGCGUCCGCCGCUAAAGAGAAUUAUCAGCGAUGCUACAAAGCACUCAAGGCACUUGAGACGUAUUGGGAGGGAACAAAGUACAUCCUUACAGUUCUAGAUCAGAAGGCUAAGGGAAUCGUCGAUCCCCUUUUAUAUACCGUGGAAGAGAUGGAAAGCACAGCCGACGUGUCUCCGGUCCAGUCUCUUGCAGCAUCCAAUUGGCGACGAUCGGGUUCUAUGGGCACUGCAACUGGCCCAGAGGGAUCAGGAAUGGCUGUAGAUUCCUCGUCGGACAGGAAAUGUUCCCCAAAAAUCGACCCCAGUCAAGCAAUCGGCUGGGCCCUUACUGGAGCGACCAACUCCUCCCAGCCUAACCUGAGCUUGCUUUACCAGAUGCCUGCAACACAGGUAGAUUCGGCACCCAACCGGCCUGCUUACUCCUCCCAAUACAGCCACAGUUAUCCCACGUUACCUAUACAGUCCGGUAGUAAUCAGAGCCCGAAUUCAUAUUCUCAAUCGCUCGAGCCGGCUCGAACGACGUCCGCAACGUCGAACCCGUCUAUUGCAGCGGGGUCGGCCAAGUUCUCCCCAUUGCCGUCUGCACGAGUCUCCACUUCCGAUGCGAAUCUCCUUUUAGGCCUGAACAAUUCAUAUUCUACAUCUCGUCCUCCAGCAUCUCAGGCCGCGUAUCCUCCAAACGUCCCUUCAUCGCGACUCGAGACGCAGUCCUCUUCGUAUAGUUACAACCUUCCGUCGGCGCCAAGUGAGCAACAUCCAAGCGGUGGGCACAUAAGCUCAAGAGUUCCGGAAUUUCACCCAUCAGCAGGCGCCCACGGCGAUGUGAUGAUAGGAAGUCAGGAUAUUGAUAUGGCCAGUCUUCAGCAUCAAGAUCAACUGCCGUUCGCCUUUAACGGGGAGAUUCUGCCUUGGUUAGAGUACCUUCCUCAAGAUGUCCUCAAUUAUUUCGGGGAACACCAAAACUACACUCUGAUGAGUCCUGAUGACAGUGCCCCGCGGCCGCCUCAGUAG